CUCAAAUCAUUCCCCCCUAUUGUCAAACACCUCUCUCUCUUUUCCAGUAUCAAUGUCAUUUACUACAAAAAUAUUUCCAUUUUUUCUUUUAUUUCUUCUUAUUCAUCCACUUCAAGCUGUUCCAAGUAUCAUUCCACUAAAUGGUUCUUGUACUGAUAAAUGUGGCAGCAUUGUCCUAAAAUAUCCCUUUGGUUCAGGAUUUGGUUGUGGACAUCCUACAUUUUCAAGAUUCAUAAAAUGCACUUCUGGUGUACUUCAGUUUUCAACUGGCACUGGCAUUUAUACUAUAUCCACACUAGACUACACAACCAACACACUUAUUUUAACAGACCCCUUUAUGUCAACAUGUUCAUCAAUGCAAAAUUCAGGCAGUUUUACGUUGGAUCGGUCGACUCCCUUCAGCAUUAUGAAAGAAAACAUCUUUGUUUUACUAGGAUGUUCUACAACAUCAGCUGUAUUUGAUCCAAAACAAGAUUUGUGUGAUACCGGCUCGGGUUCAAAUGUAUGUAGAGGACUUUAUUCUUGUAAAGGAGUGACAGGAAUUGGUUUAGAACUAAAUGCUCCUAUAUCUACAUGUUGUGUAUAUGAUCCACCAGUUCCUAUUGGUUCAGGUUAUGGUUUGAACUUGCCUAGACUUCAGUGUUCUUCUUAUUCGUCGAUAUAUGGUUUUGGUGGUGAUGAAGGAGAUCCUAUGAAAUGGCAAUAUGGGAUUUCUUUGCAGUAUAAUAAUUCAUAUUAUACUGAUGAUUCUUGCAAGAACUGUGAGGAUAGUGGUGGAAUUUGUGGUUUUUCUGGUUCAGAUGAGUCUUUUGCUUGCAUUUGUAGGAAUGGUGUUAACACUACCAUUAAUUGCUUUGGAAGAGGAUAUGCAUGGAGUGGGACAUGGAGACACAAAAUUCAAACAGAAAUGAGUAUUGGAGGAAUUUUGUUCUUCUGGAUGAUGCUUUUCAUCUAAGGCAGGACUAAAAGUCCAUUAUUCUAUGAAAUUCAUGUAAUACCAAGAUUAGGCUAAAAUUAGCAGAUCAAAAGCCUUGAAAUUUGGCCCUGAAAUUAGGAUGAUUGUAGCUUUUUUAUAUGAAUUCCAUGGCUGUUGAAGUUGUAACAUUCAGUAACAUGAUA